CGUGCCGGGAAGGCGUCUCCCCCCGUCGUCGGCGGCGGCGCCGGACGGGCAACGCAGACGAGCGCAGGAAGCCGGCCGCCGAGGAGCGCCGGGACCCAUGGAAGCGCCGGGGUGCCGGCCGCACAUCUCGCGGCUCUACCCCGAGAUCCUGGCGCUCAUCUUCAGCUACCUGGACGUGCGCGACAAGGGCCGCGUGUCGCAGGUGUGCUCGGCGUGGCGCGAGGCCGCCUACCACAAGUCCGUCUGGCGGGGCGUCGAGGCCAAGCUGCACCUGCGCCGCGCCAACCCGUCUUUGUUCCCGAGCCUGGUGCGGCGGGGCAUUCGGCGCGUGCAGGUGCUCAGCCUGCGCCGCUCGCUGCGAGACGUCAUCCAAGGUGUGCCCAACCUCGAGGCGCUCAACAUGAUCGGCUGCUUCAACCUGACCGACACCUGGCUGAGCCACGCCUUCGUGCAAGACGUCCACUCGCUGUCCGAGCUCAACCUGAGCAUGUGCAAGCAGAUCACAGACAACAGCCUGGGCCGCAUCGCGCAGCAUCUCAAGGGCCUCGAGCGGCUUGACCUGGGCGGCUGCUCGAACGUGAGCAACACGGGCCUGCUGCUCGUCGCCUGGGGCCUCAAGAACCUGCGCAGCCUGAACCUGCGCAGCUGCCGCGGCGUGUCGGACCCGGGCAUCGGACACCUGGCCGGCAUGACGCCCGAGGCGGCCCACGGCACGCUGCGCCUGGAGGCCCUGUGCCUGCAGGACUGCCAGAAGCUGACGGACGACGCGCUGCGCUUCGUCAGCCUCGGCCUGGCAGACCUGCGCAGCCUGAACCUGAGCUUCUGCGCGAGCGUGACGGACGCCGGCCUGAAGCACGCGGCGCGCAUGCCGCGCCUGCGCGAGCUCAACCUGCGCUCGUGCGACAACAUCUCGGACCUGGGGCUGGCCUACCUGGCCGAGGGCGGGUCGCGUCUGUGCGCGCUCGACGUGAGCUUCUGCGACAAGGUGGGCGACCAGGGCCUGCUGCACGCCUCGCAGGGCCUCUUCCAGCUGCGCAGCCUCAGCCUGAACGCCUGCCCCGUGAGCGACGACGGCAUAGGGCGCGUGGCCCGCUCCCUGGGCGACCUGCACACGCUGCACCUGGGCCAGUGCGGCCGCGUGACGGACAAGGGCCUCAGCCUGAUCGCCGACCACCUGAAGCAGCUGCGCUGCAUCGACCUGUACGGCUGCACCAAGAUCACCACCGUGGGCCUGGAACGGCUGAUGCAGCUGCCGCACCUCGGCGUGCUCAACCUGGGCCUGUGGCAGCACCAGCUCCACCAGCAGCACAGCCCGCCCAGGCACAUUCGGUGACAGUGCGCGUCGCUCAAAGUGGUGCCCAAACGCGGGUGCCGUGCUCAACUCUGGAUUAAUGGGUGCCGGCUGCAGCGAGCGGUCCCGUAAGUACGCCGCCCCCGCUGCUCGGACUGGCGCCACCCGAUUCUUCCCGUACGUGCCACAACCUCCUGUACAUAGUGUACAUAAUGUUAACGCCUCUUGUACAUACUUACGGUUGUACAUACGAGUCAUUGCGAACGUAACGCUAGUAAAGUUUGUUUUCAGAAAACAC